AUGUCCAUCCAUCUGUUCUUAUUCCCCGGUCGAAGUCUUGCGCCGAGGUCGAUUACCUCCACCAUAUGCGCCCAAUGUCGCCGGUCCUUCGCUUCGAGCGCGGUGCUUAACAGCGGUCACAAUCGCUGGUCCAAAAUCAAGCACGAAAAAGGCGCCGCCGAUGCGAAGAAAAAUGCCCAGCGAAGUGGCUUCGCUAAGAAUCUGACCCUCUGGUCACAACUGUAUGGGCCAGAUCCGAGUCUCAAUGCGCGACUAGCUACUGUGGUCGCGGCCGCAAAGAAAGCCGGCAUGCCGAAAGCCAGCAUAGACAUAGCCAUAGCACGAGGUCAAGGCAAAUCGUCGUCCGGGGCAGGACUUGAAACCAUGACGCUCGAAGUUAUGAUACCACCAGCUGUAGCCAUGGUUAUCGACAUCGCGACGGACAACAAGCAGCGCGCAUUGCAGGACCUUAGGGUCAUAGUCAAAAAGCACAAUGGUACCGUAACGCCGACCGCAUUCCUAUUCGCUAGGUUUGGCCGCGUCGUCCUAAAGGGCGACAAAGACGACGACUUCGAUGAGGUGUUAAUGGAGGCGGUCGAGGCCGGCGCUGAGGACGUCGAGCAGGACAAGAAGGGCAACGCGGUCCUCCAUACGCAGCCGAAUACUACACACCAAAUAGCGCAGAACCUAAGCCAAGCGCUAUCUACCGAAAUCUUAAGCUGUGAAAUUAUAUGGUCGCCAAUAGGGGACAAAGUGAAGCUUGACGACGAGGAGGCGGCAACGAACAUAAGUACCUUCCUAACAGCGCUACAAGAAUAUCCAGACGUGCAAGGAGUCUAUGCGAAUGUCGAACAAGGAGAGAUAUCCAAAGAUCUUUGGACGAGAAUAGAAGAUAACCUCGACACGUAA